AUGACAAUCGAUACCAUCGUCACCGACGCGAGCCUGGUGUCUUUCCUGCAGAUCUCUCAACAUGCGCGCGAGCAGGCCCUGAACCUAGCAGAUCGCCUCGCGGCAGCCAGCGAAGCCGAGCAUCUGACGACCGAAGAGCAGCUCGAGCUGUCCAAGGAGCAGAAGCAACUGAGCACCAACCUGGCCCACCUGCGUGGCCUGCACCGGGCCGCAUAUUUCGCUGCGCGCGACACCAAGGCGCAAACGGCAGAGGCGCGUCAGGAGGUGGAUAGAUUGCACCUGCAGCUACAGAACCUCUACUACGAGCAACGACAUCUGCAGGGCGAGAUCACGGCGUGCGAGUCCUACGAUCAUAUCUAUCAAAAGCUCCCACUGAUCCCUGUGGAGGAAUUCCUGGCGCAACAUCCGGAACACGCCGACGACGAUGAGAAUGCCCUCAUGGAGGCGCGGAUCGAUCACGAGAAGGCAGAGCGUGAAGCUCUGGAGCAGCAAAGGCAGGAGCUACUCAAGAGGAAACAAAAGCUCAUCGCAGACAACAAGAAGCGCCGAGAUGACCUUGCGAACCUAGAUAAGGACUUGGAGAAGUUCAUCGAUGCGGCGAAACCAAUCCAGAAGCUGUUCGAGAAGGUUGUAUGA